UAACAAAAUAUAGUCAGGCGGCGAGGCAACACUCGGAUCAGUUUGCUGAAAAAUAUGAAAUCGGUCACGUUCGUACUCUGCCUGCUGGUGCUGGGCGCCCACUCACUCCUGGUGUUUGCCGUGGACUGUGAGGUCGGCGGUCAGAAGUUUAAAACUGGAGAGACAUACAGUCCGGAAGGUCGUUGCAUGCAGUACAAAUGCCAAGGACCCAGGAAACUAUCAGCCCUAACAUGCCCUACCAUAGCCUCUUUGAAACCCUGCUUGUUGACGAGUGACUUGAGCAAGCCAUAUCCCGGAUGUUGUCCUAAAUACGAUUGUUAAACCUUGUAAAAAUAAGUAUAUAAACUUAAAUUACGUGGUGUUUAUGAGUUUGAUAAACUGCUAGAAACGAGCUGCUGAAUUUAAUUGAUAUUGACAAACCCGAAAUUAUGAAAUAAAGUUUAAAACAAAAA